UUUCUCAAGAAAAAUAAAGGCCUUUCUUUCGAAGUGAUCGCUUCAAACAAUCACUUCCAUAGUUUUGAUCAGAUCGAGCUUAACGCUCUCAAUCGCAGAAAGAGCCUCAGAGAAGAUAGCCGUACGGUGCAAUGGUGUUCUUUAGGAGUGUAUCCGUGCUUUCCAAGCUUCGCUCUCGUAUUACCGAGCAGUCUAAUUUCAAGAAUACUGUCAGAUGGCUUCAAGUCCAGAGCUCCUCAGAUCUUGAUCUUCAUUCUCAGCUCAAGGAAUUGAUUCCUGAACAACAGGAACGUUUGAAGAAACUGAAGUCCGAACAUGGAAAGGUUCAGUUGGGCAAUAUCACUGUUGAUAUGGUAAUUGGUGGAAUGAGAGGAAUGACUGGACUGCUGUGGGAAACCUCAUUACUUGACCCGGAUGAGGGCAUCCGUUUUAGGAAUCUUUCAAUUCCAGAGUGCCAAAAGGUAUUACCAGCUGCUAAGCCUGAUGGAGAACCUUUGCCUGAGGGUCUUCUCUGGCUCCUCCUAACGGGAAAGGUACCAAGCAAAGAGCAAGUGGAUGCAUUGUCACAGGACUUGCGUGCUCGUGCAGUAGUUCCAGACUAUGUGUACAAGGCCAUUGAUACUCUACCUGUUACAGCUCAUCCUAUGACUCAGUUUGCAUCUGGUGUUAUGGCCCUCCAGGUUCAGAGCGAAUUUCAGAAGGCAUAUGAGAAGGGUAUUUCAAAAGCAAAGUACUGGGAACCUACAUAUGAGGACUCACUCAAUUUGAUUGCUCGAGUUCCACUUGUAGCUGCUUAUGUUUAUCGAAGGAUAUACAAGGAUGGCAAGAUUAUUCCCCUGGAUGACUCUUUGGAUUAUGGUGGAAAUUUUUCUCACAUGUUGGGUUUUGAUGAUCCUAAAAUGCUAGAGCUUAUGAGGCUUUACGUAACAAUCCACAGUGAUCACGAAGGUGGGAAUGUUAGUGCUCACACUGGACACGUAGUCGCUAGUGCACUUUCAGAUCCUUAUCUUUCAUUUGCAGCUGCAUUAAAUGGUUUGGCUGGGCCGCUCCAUGGUUUGGCUAAUCAGGAAGUUUUGCUUUGGAUAAAAUCUGUGGUUGAUGAAUGUGGAGAGAACAUAACCAAAGAGCAGUUAAAAGAUUAUGUAUGGAAGACAUUGAAUAGUGGGAAGGUUGUUCCUGGAUUUGGACACGGUGUUCUGCGAAAAACCGAUCCAAGAUACAUGUGUCAGAGGGAGUUUGCGCUAAAGCACUUGCCCGAUGAUCCCCUGUUCCAACUGGUUUCCAAACUUUACGAAGUCGUGCCUCCCAUCCUAACAGAAUUAGGCAAGGUCAAGAACCCCUGGCCCAAUGUUGAUGCUCACAGCGGCGUUCUGUUGAACUAUUUUGGAUUAACUGAAGCAAGGUACUUCACCGUUCUUUUCGGCGUAUCAAGGAGUAUCGGAAUUUGCUCUCAGUUAAUAUGGGACCGAGCUCUUGGUCUUCCACUAGAGAGGCCUAAGAGUGUUACUAUGGAUUGGCUCGAGAAUUACUGCAAGAAAGCAGCUUCGUCUUGAGAAUCAUUGAGGUGUUCGGUUGCAUUUGUUUAAUAAUAAUUGUUUUGGGAGCAUGGCUUUUUUCGUAAAGGUUCAAUUUGAGGCUGUGUAAAAAAAGACUUUUUUCUGCCAUGGGCAAAUUAACAUGCCUUUUUUUUUUUUUUUGGCGAUUUUGUAUUAGUCAUGCAGUGUUUAAACUGCGUACUACUAAGUUGGAUUAACUAAUAAGGCCAUCUUUUUGGGAGACUUUAAAGCAUGUACAUUUAUAAGGUCUCAAUGAAGCCAUUUUGAUGUAUCAGAAUACAAUAAAAUGAGUUG